AUGGAUUUCCCUCUGGAUCCGGUGAGCAGUCUACCAAUCUGUGAUGCAUGCCCAGCGGAGGUAGCCGUCUUGAGCUUGCAUGGGGACGACUCUGCCAGCAGCUACGCUGGCCCCGCGGCGGCCGGUGCAUCGGUGAUUGGGGAUCUCGCAGACGGAGCUAGUGUCGGAGAUGUCGGCAGCGUGAUGGGAGGCGCUGAUGGCCCUGAUUCCGCGCAGUCAACCGGUAUCGACAAUCCCCAGUCUGCUGGGUGGACGAAGAGGCAACAGGUACAGCUCAAUUUCACCUUACUUGAUCAGGGAGGAAUGCGAGCACUUGAUCAGAUAACAUUCAGUCAACAGCUACAGCUCGAUUUCACCACUUGAUCACGAAGGGCGUCGAGCACUUGAUCAGAGAGGACGGUGAGCACUUGAUUAGAGAGGACGACGGGCACUUGUUCUAGGACAAAGGCGACACACGAGAUGACCAGGUCGAGGAGAAGCAGAGGCCCCGCGGUGGCGCGCUGUCGAGGAGGAGCUGCUCAGCGGAGCAGCGUCGCAGCCGACGAGCGAACGGAGCAGUGGAGCCGAG